UUAACCAGCAGAUAAACGUAAGAUUGCGACAGGCGAACAACAUCAAAAUAUGACCGAAACCGAAUUUUCUUUAGAGUCUUUCGGGCGAAAGUGUCUUUUACCUCCGGCUUAUAAGGAAAUAGAGCAAAAGGUCAUCGAUACGGCUAUUUAUAAAGAUGACGUCUGGACUGUCAGCUACCCCAGAACUGGUUCUACUUGGUGCCAGGAGAUUGUAUGGCUGAUUGGUAAUGAUUUAGAUUUUGAAAAGGCGAAAACGGUGUUACAGCAAUUAAGAGCUCCGUUAAUUGAAACAUCGAUAGUAAUGUUUGAUUGUGUGGAUCAGAAGAUAAUACCAAUAAAAGACCAACCAGAGCUAAAAUAUAAAAGAGGUUUUUUGCCAUAUUCUUCCAUGCCAGAUUCCAACACAUCAAAGAGCCUUUACCAACUAUUUUCAGAUUCCUUGAGCUUUGUUGAAAAUAUGCCGUCCCCACGAUUUAUAAAGAGUCACUUGUCUUUAGAACUGUUACCAAAGAAAUUAUUUACAGUGAAACCUAAGGUAAUCUACAUAAUGAGAAAUCCGAAAGACCUAUGUGUAUCGUACUACUACCAUUGCAAGAUAUAUCACAAAAUCAACGUGGACUUCGAGAUUUUCUGCGAAUUAUUCAUGAACGACGCUUUACCAAUAGGAUCAAUUUUUAAUCAUUAUUUUGGAUUCUGGAAUAGACGGCACGAUGAGAAUAUUUUAAUUCUAAGAUACGAAGAUUUAAAAACAGAUACUCGAGAGACAAUAAAGAAAAUAGCCAUAUUUAUGGAGAAGCCCUUAAACGACGAAGAUGCAGACGCAAUUUCUGAAUUUCUAAGUUUUCACAAUAUGAGAAAAAAUAAAGCAUGCAAUCUACAAGUUUUCUUCGACGCCAUUCAAGGCGAUGAUUUUUACAGUAAAGCAGGUAUUCAUUUUAUAAGAAAAGGGAUCGUUGGCGAUCAUAAGAAUAUAAUGACAGAAGAGAUGAUUAAGAAGUUUGAUAAAUGGAUUCAAGACAACAUAUGUGGAACCGAUUUGUGGUUUUAAUAAAUUACGUUGCCAAAACACCCAAUUAUUGUUUUAUACUUAAAAUUACUGUUGAGGUUGAAAUUUGAGUGUUACAACAGCAAAACAAAAUACUAGUUCACCUCAAUAUACAAAAAGAAUUGGAACUUUUAUGAACUAAUAAAUAGUGUUCUAUUUUGCUAUUCCCUUAGUUAGUUUAAAUAUUUCUGUUAGCAAUCUUUUAUAAAUAAAUGUUAAUAUUUUCCACGUU